CCACUGUUAAGUGGUGUGAAUUAGUAUUAGAUGUUUGUUUUGAAUGUUUGGUACUCUCAGAAGGUGUAUUACUGGUCAUAGUCAAGGGUUAAGAUAUACUUCAAGUCUGUGUGGUGGGGGUUUAUUUGCCUUGCUAUGGUUUUACGAAACUGUUUUUUUAGUAGGGUGAGAUGGCUAGGACAGAGUGGAUGUUUAUAGCUAACAAAUUCUCAACGAAUUAGAUCCAGUCGAUGAGAAAGUUGCCUGAGGUUUGGAUGUACCGAAAUUCAACCGCCAGAUCCGCACUAACUAGACGUAGUAAAUGCACGGAAUUCACGGUACAGCAUGCAGGACGCCGCCACCACGCCUGGUUAACAUUUUUGUUCGAGAUUACCAAGACGUCUACCCUCUUUCGCCGUUCCUCAAUUAACUUUACAUCCCAAGAUGAUUAGAACGGUAUUACCGAGGCUCGCUAGAACUAUUUACACACCCGGCGUGAUGCCUGUGAGAGCCUACACCGACCCGCGCAUCAGACGCAACGUGAAAGCGGUCCUUGCAAGACGAUCCAGGAAAAUGCGAGAACAAGGAGUGGAAUGGGCAGAACCCAAAACGGCGGUACCACGGUUCCAGCCGCAGUAUGACUAUCCAACCUAUGCUGUUCCCAAUCCGCAGGGAGUUCUCACUGCCCAAGAAACUAUCUCUAGCAUUCUCUCGCAGCCAACACUUGUGGUCGAGCGCCAGAUCGAAAUGAUGAAUGUGGUUUUGGGGUUUGAACAGGCUAACCACUACCGCAUCAUGGAUGCUAUGGGGAACGUACUUGGGUCGAUGCGUGAGCGUGAUUUUGGUAUCGGCAAGAUGAUCCUCCGCCAAGUUACGCGCUUACACCGUCCAUUCUUGGUUGACGUGUUUGACGUGAACGAAAACCACAUUUUCACUAUCCGCAGACCGUUCAGUUUCAUCAACUCGCACAUCAAAGCGAUUUUGCCAGGGGUGCAAGGCGACGACACUGACGGAGUGGUGAUCGGCGAGAGUAUCCAGAGCUGGCACUUGUGGAGAAGGCGGUACAACUUGUUCAAGAAAACUGGGGUGGACAACUAUGACCAGUUCGGGAGCAUUGACUCCGGAUUCUUGAGCUUCAAUUUCCCUGUGCACGACGAGAAUGGCGGUGUGAUGGGGGCCGUAGACAGAAAUUGGGUCGGCUUGGGGAGAGAGAUGUUUACCGACACCGGCGUAUAUGUGUUGCGGUUUGACCCAGCGUCGUUCCAGGGGAUGGAAGACGUAUAUCCACAACUCUCAGGGCCUAUGGCAUUGGACCAGCGUGCGGUGAUGUUGGGGAAUGCUGUGAGUAUUGAUUUUGAUUAUUUUUCGAGACAUUCUGGGAGAGGCGGGUUGAUGUCGUUUGGGAGUUACGAAUAAGGAAGUGAAAAGCGGGUAGUGAGUGCUUGUGGAACACCGGUCUUGUUUAUCUGCUUGCAGUGAUGCCUUAAUGUGAUGUAUAGAGAUCUUAGCAUAAGCAUUCUACAAAGAGCUUUAUGGCCACAAAUCCUGACUGCUUCGUGCAGCAUACCGUGGAUAUUCCUCCAUUUGUACAUAUCACUUAUCUGACUAAGAUUUAUUUUACGGCAGAAAGAUUCCACUCGGACCUAUAUGAACGACGUAUCACUCGUUUUGUCUCAAUCCAUGGGAUGUUUGUCCAUUUCAAUUGAGAUCUUAAUGGAGGUUCAAUUGCCAAUUUCUUUGAUAUUAGAUAUUUUCAUGUAAAUACCCAUGAAUUUCCCAGAAUACAUGGCCUUACAGCAAGAACGUAUAGGCGGAUGCUCGUUCUACUAGGCACAUUUAGACUGUUUUCCA